CUCCACUUUGUUGUGGUUUUCCAAAAAUUAUGUCCCCCAGAUUUCUGCAAGGGCCGUGAAACGUUACAAAAUCUCUGCGAUCAAAUACCGGGUGAUGCUUUGUUAUAUUCGCUAUUUCGCGAAAGUGCCGAGCCGGUGAAGUGUCCGUUGAAGGGACCUUUUAUAUUCACCUAUAAUCGUGGUCAUGGUGAAUGUAAGAGCCCUGUUUCAAAUAUCGAAAGCUGCACAGAAGACAGUCGUUUGUUGCUCAGUUUUCAAGCUUGUCCCGACGUGCAAGGCACCGAAAGCACAGUUGAAGAACUAACUUGCUUGGCUACUUGGAAGGAUGGCAACUCAAGAUAUCUUGUUGGCUUGGUUUCGCAUCAUCAUGCCAUCUCGAAUGAAGAGCGUUAUCGUUGCUUCGUCUAUGAGAAAAUCUCCUCGCUAAUGGGUGGACCUAGUAUUGUGAGUUCCAAGGACGCUGAAUACAAAUUGGCACAAUCAGGCGACGCUACUUGCAAUGGACUGGAUAGUGCAGAGGUUGGUUCCCGCAUUAUGUCGUUGAGAAAACCACCUGUGACCGAGCGAUGUGACUUUCCGGCGUGGUUUAAAGGGCCGCGACAUUGGCAUGUUUUAAUGGGCAAUGCUGUCUACAAUUAUCAUCCAAAUGAUGGCUCUGUACAUAUAAUAAAGCCGAAUGGUUUCAUGGAGACUCGCGCACUUUGCGAGCAAAUUAACAAACAAACUUCCACUGAAAUGAUGGCUGUGGUACAUUAUACAACUGGAUGUCAAUCGGGUUUUAUGUGCAUGAUGUUUUAUCGUCGAGAUACACAUGUCAUUGAAAUACAGACAGGCAAGCAGGCCUCACGGCUGGAGGAUGCUUGUGCACCAGAUCAUUUCGAUGUGAUUCGUAUGCCGUACAUAACAUUGCUUGCUAGCAACCCGGAUCCACAAAUUUGCCCGAUGGAGGGUUUAUACAAUUUGCGUGGCGCCAUAGGACCACCCUAUUUGACUACGCGUCAUAAGCGCAAUCACAACAACAAAAUACAUUCAACCCACGGGCAUCAUCAUACACAAAGUGAGCUAGCUGUCGCCUCAGCAGGAAGUGAAAGUGAAAGCAAUGGUUAUGCGCGUAAAAGACAUGCGACACUAAGCUUUCGUAAUACGGAAAAAACUGAAAAGGGUUCAUGGCAUGCGAAUACACGGGGACUACCUGGACGAAAUAGGCGCGAUGCCCUAGCGACUGUUCCAGCUAAUAGUUCCAUCAAUGUUAUUGAAACCACUACGACUUUGGAGCACUUGAAAAUAUUGGAGAGCGAAUUACAAAUACAAAAUAAUUCAGCACUGAGUAACGAACGGCGACAAUUCACAGGAAAUGUAGUGCCACUGAAAACAGUUGACUUUGUUCAUUCUUCAAAUGAUGCGGAUAAUGAUUUACAGCGUCUACGAAAUCGACGAGAUGCACCAGGUUGUAUAACAAAUUUUAAAGCGCAGCGUCGCCUAUGGGUGGGCUGUACCGAACCAGAUGUAAUCGAUGUACGGCCGCUGUGCAACGAUGAUGGUGACGAAGAGUACUCCUGUCAUGGUUCUUGGACCGAGAAUGGCACCGUGUAUAUUAUAGCUCGACAUAAAGGCACCAAACAUGGCGUAUGCCUCAGCUAUCGCCCGACCGAUGGUACCGCCGCCAUGUUAGUAGUCGGUGAUGCAUGCUAUCGUGGAACACAAAAGCCACCCGAUCAUCAUUUGGUGGCCAAUUUAACCGUUUUUGGUAAAUGUGGUGAAACUGGUUCUGCUGCGAUACAAAUUCACCUCAGUGCUGUGCUAAUUCAAUGGGGUUUGGUGAUGCAUGUGCUAUUGCUAGCGGUCAAUCUAGCUAAUAAUGCGAAAAAUCGAAGAUGAUAAAUUCACACCUGCCUGCAAUAGAAGAUCAACGAAAGACAAUGAAAUGCCUGAAUAAAAGAUUUAAUGAUGGCCGCGCACUUCCGUUUUGGCUGAAACAAGCACACUUUAGUUAUACAUAAAUGACAAACAUUACUGAAAACUCUUAGAUAUACACAGAUACAAGUAGAUAAAUACAAUACAUAUUUCGAUAGGGUGAAGGUAGGUAGGUAGGCGAGCAAGAAUUGGGUUGUUGUACGAUAUGCCAUCGAAUCAAAGGAUGUCAUUUGUUAAUCCCUUUAUGCUUCAUGGAAAGCAAGCAUAGCAGGAGGCAGAAACGAUUGCCUACAACUUAAAACGUGAUAAGAGGCAGCCUACAUAAUCUAUCGGGUACUAGGUUUUUUUUUUUGGUAUAAUGUACGUAUGUAUACCUUUGAAUAAGACUUCGACAAAAACAAGAAAAAGCGAAAUAAAACGCUUAUGAGUAAGCGUGAGCUGUGCACACACACACACACACCCACCCACAUACAUACAUACAUACAUACAUAUGUAUGUACGUAUGUCGGUUGGUUUGCAGAUACAUAAGUACAUAAAUAUAAGUUUCGACUAAAAUAAGAAAAUAAAAAACAAGUUUGUAAAUAUGUAAUGACAUCAGUUUCAAAUAGCUACUAUAUAUAAGAAAUCGUAAGAUUAAGUCAAAUGGACUAAGCGUAGAAUUAGAUAAAUACAUAAAUGGUUUGCAAUAGAGCCUUAGUUGCGCGUGUGCGCAUAAGUUAAACGAAAUUUUGUUGGCGCCGAUCGAAGGAAGAUCGGGAAUAACUAAA